UGCGCCCUAGCGGCCGCACGCGGCAACUGCAGCGGCGCGCGGGAGAUUCCACAUUUUGUCUGUGGGCGCUGGAGGAGCUGUCCACCAACCCGGUGCUGAAGUGUGUCCAACGCUGCGCGGUAUAUCAAGUGUCUCACACAUUUAAAGGAUGCACUGGUCAAUGAACACACUGCCCUUGCCUCCAUAUGUGGAGCUGGGUGUCCAUUCACUGAGUGGCCUUCUGUGGACUCUACUGCUACUUUUUCUGUGGCACUGUUAUCGAAUGGGCUCCGACCUGCCAAUCCCGGGCCAUGCACAUGCCGGAAAGCUCAAGUCAGGCUCAAGGCGGUCCAUGAUGUCCCGUGGCGGUAGCUGUGCUGGAGCCAAGUGUAGUGCACGAUCCAAGCUGUCGAGGAGUGAUCAAAUUACUCCCUUUAUUUCCAUGGAAACAGAGGAGGAUGAGGAGCAGGGACAGGGCUACCUCACCCCUGUGCUGAGUCAUGCCUUGUUCCCAGCCCAGGCAUCUGCAGAAGCCAAGAAACUGUACGCAGCACUGCAAGAGUAUGCCAAGCGCUACAGUUGGGUGGGCAUGGGCCGCAUUCAUAAGGGCCUCCGUGAGCAGGUCAGACUGAAUGAUCACUCUGCUAUACAGAAGCCUCAUCUCUUCUUCCUGCCAGAUGUUCCAAGUGUUCCUUUCUUCCCACGUGACGCACAUCGGCAUGACAUUGAGGUCUUGGAAGCCAACUACUCUGUAAUCUUGGCUGAAUUCAAGGCUGUUUACCAGCGGGGCAUCGAUUCAAAAUUAGGUUGGACCUGUCUGGGACCCAAGGGCCAGGCAGUGUUUCCUUUGUACAGCGCAGGUGUCUGUGUGGCAGGAAACUGUCGCUCCUGCCCCUGCACCUACCGGACACUUCUCUCUCUACGUACGUUUAUAAACAGCAACUCUUUGGGGUCUGCUGGAUUUUGGCUGUUGGGGCCCGGAGCAAUGUUGGGUAGCUCAUAUGGACCCACCAAUACACGCCUACGUUGUCAUCUUGGUCUGCAGACUCCACCCUCGUGUGAGCUGGUGGUGGGAGGGGAGCCUCAGUGCUGGUCAGAGGGACACUGCCUUCUGGUUGAUGACUCGUUCCUUCACACUGUCUCCCACAAGGGGCCUCCAGAUGCUGGACCCAGAGUCAUUUUGAGUGUUGACCUGUGGCACCCAAAUGUGGCUGCUGCAGAGAGACAAGCUCUGGACUUUAUGUUUAGCCCUGACUUCUGAAUCUGUUCCUUCACUACCAAUAUGCAACAUGUAGGGAUGCCUUACCUUAGCCCUGCUUGUUGUGGGUCAUGCAUCUCAUUCCAGUCGAUGAAUCACUGUGUGAAUCUGCUCUAAGAAUUACACAAGCCAUUGUACAUGCUUUCAAGUGGUGUUGGAUUUAUGGUCUACACCAGGAAGUGCCACAUGAAUGAAUUACUAUAGAGGAUGUUAGAAAAUGCUCCAUGCUGUACGAUUUGGCUCCAAACUACGAACUGACAUCACUUGAAAGCAAAAUGAGAUCCAACCUAAGAAGAGCAGAUCUGGUGUUAGCUACUGUAAAUCUUAUCUUGACAUAUACUAUGCUAGUGAGUGCUACUUGCAUGUGAAACUUAUCUGUCCUGAUUACUGGACUUUGUUUUGAGCUGCUGAGGCAUGUGUUCAUAUACCUUCAGGGGCCAUUAGAGUCAGUCUGGGAUGCUUUAUUUUGAAAUUUAGGCAGAUUUCCUAUGGAUCAACCAAAAAACUGUGAAAACAUGAAAAUCAUAUAAAUGAAAAGUUAAAUUUAUUUUUGUCUCAAUAUUAAUGCCAAACUUAUAUCAACUUUUGCAUACUGUGGUUAUUCUUUCUCUUAUUUUUACCUCUAUGCAUGUGUGUAUGUUUGUAUCUAUUAAUAUAUUUUUCUGUUUGUUUAUUAAUAUAAUUGGUGGUUUACAUAUUGUAUGACAUGCAUACAUCAGGGUUUUUCAAUUCUGUUUUCUCUGAAUGCAAAUAAGAAAUAAAUUAGAAAUAAAUCAGUAUUGACUCUGUGAAUAGAUUAAUAGAGCAAUACACUUGUAUGUAAAACUUUUGUUGAAACAAGAUUCAUAGAGCAGAGCAUAUUGUUAAGCUCUCAAAAGAUGCAAUUAACUUUUAUGGGGGAACACAUUCAUCAAAUAAUAAGUAUAUUAUAUAUCUGUAUUAGGGGGAAAUAACCUGUUGUCUGCUUAGCUUCUUAAUUGUUUUUUAAAUGUGUUUAUUCUCUAUGGAACUCCAAACUGGGCCGUAUUAUUAUUUAGGAAAAAACAAAAGGUCCACCCAAUAAGAUACAUUUCUAAUGUCUUGAUUUAAACAUAAUUUUGAAAACACAUCGUGGUUCAUUAAGCUCGUAUAGCUUUUUUUGGUUACUUUUUUCAGUCACUAGAUGAGAAUUAGAGUGGUGAUUUUGUCUUAUCUGCCAUCUGCUCAUCUAAGGGUCCCAUGUUGAGGAUUACAGAGACUGAACUAAUCCACCCCAGAGAGACAGAUUAUUGCUGAGGUUGUUUAUAUGUCGUUGAAUGUAUGUGGUUUCAUGAUGUACAAUUUGUUCAGCAGUUGACAUUUAUUCUGUGAGCUGUGUGGGAUUGGAUGGGAAGCUUAACAUCACUGUCAGUUUCUCAAGCAAAUAAUACAAGAACUCAAAUAUUAG